UAACUGUACGGUUAUAGUUUUAUUGAUUACUACUAGUUUACAAAUAAUUCCCCUGCAUUCGCAUAUGCAGCAGAUCCUAUAUCUAUCUCGUCUAAUAUUACAGCAUUAACGCGUCGCCGGCUUCGUCUUCCUAUCUCUCUCCGGUUCGUCCUUGCUGCGCGUAGACCUAGGUAGCCUCCUCUGUAGUCGCUCGCCGUCGCUACCUAACCGAAUUCCCGUUCUUCUCCGUUCUCGUUUUCUUCCCCUCUCCCGAUCUUUUCCGGUUUUCACCUACCUGGAAAACCUGUGCUUCUUCCCUAUCUCUCUGAUGCUUUCUCGCUCUCUCUCUCUUCUUCUUCCUCCUCUCCUUCGUCUUCUUCUUCUUCUUCUUCUUCUUCCUAGACCUGAAAAUAAUGCUUGCUUCUGCUCGGUGUCGUCUCCCUUAUAUACCUAGCUGGCAACACCCCCCCCCCCUACGGCUGUUUCAUUUGGUGGUGCAACCCGUUCCCGGCACUACCACGAUGACUCACCGAGUGGUGCAACGCGUGGCUGGUACAGAUUAUUGCAUCAUCUUAUGCAACCCGUGCCUACGUAACUAUUCCUCUCCUCUACAACCUAGCCUAUCCAUUCUAUUCAAAUCUCCUCAUAUAUUAUGCUGGCUAAUAAUAUAUAAUCGGCUAAUAAUACAAAACCCCGUUGAUUAUUAUAUUCUAUUUACCCGGCGUCAGCGCCCUUCUCUCAUGACUCAUCUCGCCCUCAUCACAUCCCUUGACCUAUGACCCAAGAUGGCUGCGCCCAUGAGCAUGUUGAUGUAUUUAUGUGCGGUCCAUAUUUUAUCCUCUCUUUCGUCAAUAUAUGGUUAUUCCAUCUAUAUGGUGAGUUCAGUCUAUCCAUCCCGAUCUAGUCUACUGCUCCUGUGAGUUACACACCCCCAAAAUCUCCACAACUCUUCCGAUGUUCAAUUUCAAAGUCGUAUGUAUCUAAUAAUGCUAUCCAUCGGGCUACCAUCCCCUCCGGGUUCUUGAAAUUGACCAACCAAGUCAACGAUGCAUGAUCGGUUCUUAUCUUAAAUGGUCUUCCCCAUAGAUAAUGGUGGUACUGCUUGACAAAUACCACUACUGCUAACAAUUCUUUCUUGGUCGUACAGUAUCUCGCCUGCGAGUUGUUCAGCGUCCGACUGCCGUAUGCUACUACCUUCUCUUCACCAUUCUGAAUUUGUGACAAUACAGCUCCUAAGCCUGUAUUGCUGGCAUCCGUAUCCAGUAUGAACUUGUCCACUGACGUCGGGUUUGCUGCUCUCAGCCGGUCGAAAACUGUCUCCAGAUUCUCGAGUGUCUCCUCGAACGUCUUUCCAAAGAUGAUGAUGUCAUCCAGGUAUCACCCACGUUGGAUGACACUGCAGUGGUGCCACGGAGAUAAUCGCAGGAACAUUGUGACUGAAGCAAGACGACUCAUUCCCCCUUCUGCAGAAUUCACUAUGUCAGUGGAACCAAAGUCACAGGAGGAGAAUGUAACGGAUGUGAUACCUAGGGGGAGCCAUGAUGCGGCACGUGUGCAGCAAUACGAAUAUGAAACACAGCACUUUAUGUUUACCCCGAAGUCAUUUAUUGAUGGAGUUUAUAAUCAGAUUCUGGUCUACAUAAAUGAUGGAAUCACUGCAAUGCAAGGUGUCAUGAAAAAGCAGUUUCCAGAAGCUGAGAGUGAGCUUAAUUUAGAAGAUGGCUAUAGAGCAAUUCUGUCACGAUACAUCAAGGUCAUAGAUCAGGCGUUCGACAAGUUGGAGUCGUACUUACUAAGGAACAUCUUUCACAUCCCUGAAGAUGUUUUGCUGCCCGAGGAUGAAGUUCACAGCAAGCCAUACAGUGUGGAAGACGAUGCACUUCUAGAUGCUCAGCUCGAAAGUCUCCAGAAGCAAAUAAUGGCGACUGCCCAGAAGAGAGACCAAAAGAAAGCAAGGCUUGGUGAAUCGACCAGCAGCAAGCUUGCCAAAAAGUAAACAUCUAAAACGAUAUUUCUGUUUACCUGUAUUUAAUAUGUACAUAGAAAAAGAUCAGAAUCUUGGUUGCUUCUGUUACAUAGUAUUUGACGAAGAUGUAUAAAAUAAAAUACUGUACUCAAUGA